AUGGCUAACAACAGCACCAGCCAUAGCAACGGGAACGUCCCCUUCAAGGACUUCCUCAAGAUGAUCAAAAAUGAACACGAGAACAUCAAGGACUGGAAGCACCGCUUCAAUGCCGCGUUCGAGAAGAAAGACAGGGAUGAGAUGAGCAGAAUCGCCAACAGCACCAUCAGAAGCGCAGCUCUGCACGCCGACUCGGAGGAGGUCAGUGUGUACAAGGCGCUCGAGCAGCACGGCUUUAAGGAGCAGGCAGACAAGGACCGUCGAGACCACCAACACGUCAAGCAGCUCAUGAGUAAGCUUGAGCAAACGUCGAUCAAUGACUCUCUCGAACACUUCCACAAGCUCUUCAAUGAGGCCUGCGAUUUGUUCAUCAAGCAUGCGGACGACGAAGAGGACCCCAACGUGCACGGCUCACUCGUCCAGCUGCGCAACAAGGUCUCUGACGAAAGGGCAGCUGAGAUCGGUGAGCAGUUCCUGAAAGCCAGGAAAAUGGCUCCCGAGCGCCCUCACCCCGAAGCUCCACAGGGCGGCGGCAUGGCCCAGAAAGCCGCCGCUGCUGUGACGAAGGCAACCGACAUGUUCACGUCCGCCAACCACGACUAUGCUCAGCCCAAGCACGAUUUCCCCUCCGUCAGAACUUGA